AUGAUUAUCAAGGUCCGGCUAUUCAUUGCCACUGGCAAGGUUCUUGAGGACAAGUCUCCUAGCUGUGGGGAAAAUACCCGAUCAGAAAUUUCCAACGCUCGCAACAAACUUCCUUGUUUUUAUGUCGUCAGACGUGCUUUCCGUUCAAUACACAGAUAUCUUUUAGUUAAGUUUACCACUUGGAAAACGUACUGCUGCCAACAAAGAGGCAAGACCGAUAGAGAUUGCGUUCCAAACAAAAUACCCGACGAUGAUCCUGUUCAUCGCUUCUCCAAUAUAAGAUGUGUGAACUUGACCAGACCUGAAAGUUAUCAAUCUGUCGGCUGCAUCAGAAAUGACAUAGUUCCUGAAAGGAUUCUGUCCACAACACCGGCAUUCGAUCUAUCGGUAUUAUAUGGCACUACAUUACAAUCAAUAUUGGAAAAAGGCCGUCUUUUCAAAGGUGGGCUGCGAAAAUAUAAAGUAGAAAAGCGAAGAAUAUGGCCACCUAGUGUAAAAACAGGAAGUGGUGUAUGUUUCUUGAACCAAAAACCGCAAGAAACCCGAUGUCAUAGUACAGGUCAUAAAAAUCUAUUAAAAGAUGGAGUAUUAUCACCCACGCCUGGAUUCACUCAAAUAUCACUGGAGUUCCCACUUGUUCUUCGUUGGUUCCAUACAACGCACGAAGGAAAUAUGAAAAAAGGACGAAAAUUGUACAGUAAUGAAGAGAAUAUAGUGCAAUGUAGCGCUGUUGAAAAUAUAGAAAAUGUAACGCUACAAGAAAAUCAAUUUCACAGCCAACAACUUCAUAUUUAUGAACAGCGUAAUGAAUGCAUUACUCCCGAAGUUAUUCUACACAGAAACACAGGAAUUCCUGGCGAUGAUCCUACCGAAGAUAACCAUAACAAUCAUGUAAAUGAAAUUGAGAUUGAUAGAGAAGAUCGAAUUGGUGAAAAUACUAUGGAUUUUAUUGAUGAUGGUACUAUUCCAGUUUAUACAAAUUAUCGUAAACACAGUACAAGUAAUAUUAAUUUUUAUAAAGAAUUUACGAGGAAUUCAUUCGGUCAUUCUUGUAUUAUUUGCGACAGACUAUGGUGGAAAGGAGACUUGAAAAAGUCGACCAGUAAACAUGAAAGUAUUUUGAAAACAAUACUGCAGAAUUACAUACCUGGUAAAAUUGUUCAAGUCUGCUCUACGUGUUAUACAUAUUUGGAAAAAGAAAAAAUUCCUCUCAUGUCAACCUACCAUGGUUUUGCAUAUCCGAAAAUUCCAUCACAUUUACCAACGUUAAACCUUAUCGAGCAACGGUUGAUUUCCCCGAGAAUACCGUUCAUGCAGAUUCGUAAACUGAGACACGUUAAUGGUCAGUACGGUAUUUAUGGCCAGAUAAUUAAUGUACCUGUUGAAGUUAAUAAAAUGGUGAAACAAUUGCCAAGAAACAUUGAAGAUGACCAUUGCUUUUAUGUGCAUUUGAAAAAAGAAGUUGAUUCACAAAACUAG